CCAUCCACAUCCGGCCCAGUUCAUCGCUUGUCUGGGUGGAUGCAGUCUCCCGUCUCCCCUGUCCAUCGUCUCUGUUCUCAGGUCGGGACUGAGGAACUGGUUCGGACUCAUCCGAUUUGCAGAGGCGGAGCAGCAGAAACAGGGCCAGAUUUGCUCUUACGUUCUCUCGUAACCACCAACGAAGGAAAGAGGCAAGUGCCCUCCUGCCUCUUCUCUCUCUCUUAUUGAAAAUUUAGCAGUUGCAACGAUUCAUUCUUCUCAGAUGGGGUAGCAACCGCUCUGUCGUCGCAUUACGUCAUAAUCUUGUAGCUUCGCGAGCUUAAGUUUGUGACCCUUGAGCGAAUUUUUACUCCAUCUCUGCUAUCGAUUCCGUUGAAGUAGGCAUUCUCUUUUGAUGGAGCUAGGAAGGAUUUGGUGGGACCCAAAGUAGCGGACUUUCCUUCGACCUAAAUUGAACCAACAAUGGAUUCCCAAUACCAAGAGCUUCACUUCGUUCUGCUUCCUCAUUUAGCCUCCGGCCACAUGAUCCCCAUGAUGGACAUGGCCCGGUUGCUGGCCCGCCGGGGCCUGACCGUCACCGUCGUCACCACUCCCAUCAAUUCAGCCCGUUUCGUGCCCGUGUUCGACCGUGCCGCCAGGUCUGGGUUGCGGAUCGAGCUCCUGCAGGUCCCCUUUCCCUCGGCAGAGGCUGGCCUGCCUGAAGGUUGCGAGAGCAUGGACUCCCUCCCUUCCCGGGGCAUGUUGAAGAAUCUGCUUCUCGGCAUUAGCAUGUUGCGGCAACCGGUGGAGCGAUUGCUCCAUCGGCUACAACUUCGCCCAAGCUGCAUAAUUGCGGAUAAGAUUGUGAUGUGGGCGGACCAGACUGCCCGUGAAUUUGGGAUUCCGAGGAUUGUAUUUGAUGGCUCUAGUUGUUUUUCACUCGUGUGCACUCACAACAUAGUUGAGUCCAAGGUGUUUGAUACAGUGCCUGAGUCAGAGCCGUUUGUUGUGCCUGGUCUACCGGAUAGAAUUGAGCUUACAAGAGCUCAGCUUCCAGGAGCUGUGAAUAUUGUUCCAUCAGACAUCAAAGAUAUGCGGAAUGAAAUAAGAGCAAAAGAACUAGCUGCAUACGGUGUGGUCGUUAAUACUUUUGAAGAAUUGGAGCCGGCGUAUAUACGUGAAUGCAGACGCGUGAGGGGUAAAGUUUGGUGUAUUGGUCCGGUGUCGCUGUGCAAUGAGGACAACCUGGACAAGGCCGAAAGAGGCAACAAGUCCUUGGUCAAUGAUGACCAUUGCUUGAAGUGGCUCGACUUAUGGGGACCAAGUUCUGUCAUCUACGCAUGCCUCGGAAGCUUGAACCGACUCACAGCACCGCAAUUGAUAGAGCUUGGGUUAGGCUUGGAGGCGUGUGGCCGACCUUUCAUUUGGGUCGUACGAGGAGGGAACGAAUCUCGGUUCGUGGAUUGGAUAUCGGAAAGUGGAUUUGAGGAGAGAAUCGAAGGGAGAGGCAUCUUGAUCCGAGGCUGGGCGCCUCAGGUGCUGAUCUUGUCACACCCAGCAGUCGGAGGCUUCUUGACACACUGUGGUUGGAACUCGACGCUCGAAGGUGCUGAAAAUCGGUGUGAGGUUGGGGUCCAAUGUAGCCAUGAACUGGGGGGAAGAAGAGAAGUGCGAGGUGUUAAUGAAGAGGGAAGAAGUGAAGCAAGCAGUGAACCAGCUCAUGGACGAAGUAGACGACGGAGCCCGGGAGAGACGAAACCGAGCGGCCGGUCUUGGACGCAGAGCGAAGAUGGCCAUGGAAGAAGGAGGUUCUUCAUAUCUCAACAUGACGCUGAUGAUCGAAGACAUUAUGCAACAAGUUCGGGGUUAACACAAGAUACGCUGCAGCUCAUUGAUCUCUCACAGGAGUUUCAUCAACUUAAUAUCAACCCCAUCUCACAACAGAUGAAAAAUAACUUGCUUGAUUCGCGAAUCACUUGUUUAGAUUAUAAAGAUAAGAGAGCUGGACAACAGUUAGGAAGAAACCAUCAACUUUUCCUUUUCCGGGUGUCAAUUCGUGUCUCCGUGUAUGGCCAAAGAGAAGGAAAAGCUUCGCCGUCCGUCCCCCUCAUUUGGGAAAUCGCUACCAUGGCUCCUUAUUGCUCACCUCUUUAAGUCGAACUACGUGG